AUGAUAUCCAUUUUAGAAGGUGAGGAAAGGAUUUACUUAAGUGCAGAUAGUAUUGAUCCUGCAGAUAAAAGGAAUAAAGACAAUCCUGCAUAUAGCCCGGAUUUCCUAAACUCAGUUAGGAUUGCAGGAGUGCCAAACCAUGCUCUUCGUUUGAAAAUUGGUUGUCCAGUCAUGUUGUUACGCAAUAUUGAUGCUCAUGGAGGUCUAAUGAAUAGAACAAGACUACAGAUUACACAAAUGGCUGAUCAUGUUAUACAAGCAAGAAUCAUCACAGAUACCCGUUUGCCUUUCAAAAUGAGACGUAGACAAUUUCCGAUAAACGUUGCUUUUGCAAUGACUAUCAACAAAAGUCAAGGUCAGUCUCUCUCAAAUGUUGGUUUAUACUUGCCUAGACCGGUUUUCUCUCAUGGCCAGCUAUAUGUAGCCAUGUCCCGUGUAAGCAGUAAAUCAGGAUUGAAAAUUCUCAUUACUGACCCAAAAAGAAAACCUAAAAAGAAAACAAGGAAUGUCGUCUUCAAAGAGGUUUUCCAAAACAUUUGA